UUAGCACGCUCAGUUGAGGGCUUAUUCCCUCUGCGGACACGCUUAAGGAAGCAGCUAUGGCUAAAGGGAUAGGGGUCCAGCAGGCCGCACCGAGGCGAUGGACCUGCUCCUUCGCCGCUCUGUCACUGCUGUGCCUGGCUGUCCAAGCAGUCCAGAAGGCGGACCUCACCGGGGAUUCCACAGUGGCCACCAUCAACCACUCCCUGUCAUUGCUGCAGCGGUUGCAAGAGCUCCUGCAGAACGGCAAUGCCAGCGAUACCACCUUGCGGGUGCACACUGCAGGCUCGGACGAAAUCAAAGUCUUCCACACCCACCAGUUGAUGCUCAGCUUGCAAAGCGAGAUCUUCGAGAGCCUCCUGCACAACCAGACCAUGAUCACUCUGCACGAGCCGCCUGACAGUGCAGCCCUUUUCGAAAAGUUCAUCAGAUAUCUGUACUGUGGUGAGAUCUCCAUCCUCCUCCACCAAGCCAUACCGCUUCACCGACUAGCCAGCAAAUAUCGCAUCUCUAGCUUGCAGAGAGGGGUAGCCGAAUACAUGAAAAACCAUCUGGCCAGUGAGUCGAACCAGGGCCAUGUGGUGGGCUGGUACCACUACGCAGUGAGGAUUGGCGACGAGGCUUUGCAGGAGAGCUGCCUCCAGUUCCUGGCCUGGAACCUCUCGGCUGUGAUGAGCAGCGCCGAGUGGGCCUCGGUGAGCGUCGAUCUCUUGCUGCUGUUGCUGGAACGAUCCGACUUGGUUCUGCAGAGCGAGUUGGAGCUGUACACAGCCGUGGAGGAGUGGGUGGUGACGCACCAGCCUGAGGACCAUGUCGUGGAGAAGAUGCUGAGGUCCCUGCGUUACCCUAUGAUCUCCCCCAGCCACCUCUUCCACCUGCAGAAGCAGUCUCUAGUGAUGGUGAAGCACUACAACGCUGUGCAAGACCUGCUCUUCCAAGCCUUCCAGUUCCACUCCGCCUCCCCGAUCCACUUUGCCAAAUACUUCGACGUCAACUGCAGCAUGUUCCUGCCCCGAAACUACCUCUCCACCUCCUGGGGUUCUCAGUGGGUGAUUAACAACCCAGCCAGGGAUGACCGCAGCACCAGUUUCCAGACCCAGCUGGGGCCCAGCAACCACGACUCUGCCAAGCGCGUGACUUGGAACGUUCUGUUCUCCCCACGUUGGCUACCGGUCAGCUUGCGUCCCGUUUACUCGGACUCUGUCUCGGGGGCCAUUCAGUCUAUCAGGAUCGAGGACGGCCGCCCCCGCCUGGUUAUCACUCCUGCCACGACUAGCUCCGACUUUGCCGGAGUCAGUUUCCAAAAAACCAUCCUGGUAGGCAUGAGGCAGCAGGGCAAAGUCUUUGUCAAACAUGCCUACAGCUUCCACCAGAGCACAGACGAGGUGGCCGAUUUCCUGGUGCAUGCCGACUUACAGAAACGCACCUCCGAAUACCUCAUCGACAACUCUCUGCACCUACAUAUCAUCAUCAAGCCUGUCUACCAUUCGCUGAUCAAAAUCAAGAAGUAGAAGAGCGGCAAGAGAUAGGGAACCACAAGACAAGGCAGGGGAAGAGAAUGACUGGAUUGUACUGAAGAACAGCAACAAAUCCAGUACAAAACUGGCUGGCACAGGCGAUGCAUCUUGUAAUCUAUGCAUGUAAUCUGGGCAUGCAGGCCCUGGGUGCUUCUUGCAUGAAACCAACUUCUGCAGCCACAAACCAGGGGACUUUAAAAAAAGAAAAGAAGAUGGGAAAUUAAAACAUGUACGGUCUUGGGGUGGGGAAUUCCCUUAUCUCUGUUUUCAGAUGCUUAUGUUUAGCUCUCUCUUCCAUCUUUGAAGGCUGCAAUCCUACAUAUGCUCACCUGGUAGCCAGUUGCACUGAACUUAAUGACUUACUUCUGAGUAGAUGUGAAUAGGAUUGCACUCUUAAAGAACUCAGGUAGAACUGGAGGAUCUCAGUGGUGCUUUUGAUGAGAUCGUUCUCCAAGAUACCCCCUUAGCAAGAGAUUUGACUUCCUAGCUUGUUUAGAAUCUGCCUUCAUGUCUUGCCCAUGAAGUGGUGAUCCUGUCGAAUUGUUGUAGUUUGAGAGAUAUAGA